CCCACCACUACACCUCUGAUCUCAAUCAGCCUCGUAAUCAGGCUUACGUUGAACUUGAGAGAAACUUUUUCCCUGCGAUGUGUCGUCGUAAUGCAGCUUAAACAGAAACAUGGGAGACAAAUACGUGAGGGGUCCGUUAACACGCAAGAGGAGAACGACCAUUUCUGAUACUGCGUCUCCGGUGCUGAAUUCUAAACACGCCAACGGGAGCAAGCCGGGUACUGGCGAGGAGUCCAGUGUCAACAAUGGAAGCAGUCCACGUAAGGUGCGGGAUACAUCAACGACACCACGCAGAGACAAGAGCUACAACGAUGCCAUCAGAGAAAGGCUCAGAUGUCACACCCAUCAGGAGUCUUUGCUCAGCUCUGACAGUGGCUACAGCAAUUACAGAGGAAUCCUUAACUGGUGUGUGGUUAUGCUAGUUUUGAGCAAUGCACGCCUUUUCCUGGAAAACCUGAUCAAGUAUGGAAUACUUGUGGACCCUAUCCAGGUGGUUUCCCUGUUCCUUAAGGACCCCUAUAGCUGGCCAGCAGCGUGCCUUGUCAUUGCCUCCAAUGUGUCCAUAAUGGCAGCUUUGUACACGGAGCGGAGGCUGGCUGUGGGCACCAUCUCAGAGGGCACUGGGACAUUCCUCUACAUCAUCAAUCUCGCUGCCAUUUUGAUCUUCCCCCCGGCUAUUGUGUUGUACCUUACCUCCAUGACCCCAGUGGGAGGGGUGUUCUCCCUGGCCGUCUACACCAUCCUCUUCCUGAAGCUCUACUCCUACAAGGACGUCAACAUGUGGAGCCGCGAGAUUAGACAGGCCAAGGCCCGCACCCUCUCCCGCUCGCACUCCUGUCCAUCUGUGCACAAAGCCAACGGGACGGCGGCCCACGCUCAGGUGACCUACCCAGGCAAUCUCACACACAGAGAUUUGUACUACUUCGUUUUCGCCCCAACACUGUGCUACGAGCUCAACUUCCCCCGGUCUCCAAGGAUACGCCUCCGGUUCCUGCUGAGGCGGCUGUUUGAGAUGCUUUUCUUCAUACAGUUGUUGGUGGGGCUGAUACAACAGUGGAUGGUCCCUACCAUUCAGAACUCCAUGAAGCCAUUUCAGGACAUGGACUUGUCCAGGAUACUGGAGCGCCUGCUGAAACUAGCAGUCCCCAAUCAUUUCAUCUGGCUCAUCUUUUUCUAUUGGUUUUUCCACUCCUCCAUGAACUUUGUAGCUGAGCUGCUGCAGUUCGGCGACCGGGAGUUUUACCGAGACUGGUGGAACUCCGAAUCGGUCACCUACUUCUGGUCUAAUUGGAACAUUCCAGUACACAAGUGGUGUCUUCGCCACUUUUACAAGCCCAUGCUGAGUAGAGGUGUGAACAAGAUCCUCGCCCAGACCGCCGUCUUCCUGCUCUCCGCCUUCUUUCACGAGUAUUUGGUCAGCGUGCCUCUGAAGAUGUUCCGUCUGUGGGCGUUCAUGGGCAUGAUGAGUCAGAUUCCAUUGGCUUGGUUUGUGGGACGGUUCCUGAGGGGUAACUACGGCAACGCGGCCGUCUGGAUCUCGCUCAUCAUUGGCCAGCCGGUCGCCGUGCUCAUGUACGUCCACGACUACUACGUGCUCCACUACCAAGGGACACCCGUCGGAAUGGCCGGACAGAAUUCAUAACACAAUAUAGGUGCGCCCUUCCGUAUAGGAAAAUACUGAAUGUAUAUGAACAGUAUAUUUUUUUCAAAGGGAAAUCCAGAGGAUACGGAGGAUGUUGAGCCUCUGCCCCAGAUGGAUUGUAAUAAAUUGAUCUUGUAUUCCAGUUGAAGAAUUUACCCAUCCGAGACCAAUUCUCUGGCAUUGCACUUACAUGUUGCAGGGAGGAGCUAGUUGUGCCGUUAUCAUGUGCAAUUGUCCUGACACCACCACUGCCCAACCAAAGCACGAGAACAUUUUUUUAUGCCUUUUUAUGUUUCUUACUUGAAACUCCAGCACUACGAUCAAUGCAAACGUGUUCUCAUAUACAUGCAGAAUGUACCUGCCUACUACUGGUAUUUGUGUGACUGGUCGCUGUUGCCUAUUGCAAUGCUUUAUGUGCUGAAAACUUUGUUUUUCUUCUUAUAUGAUUGUUUCUUUAGCUGCACUGUAUAUCAGUGGCUUAUGUUUUGUGUGAGUAUUUAAUCAUUUGUAUUUAUUUUUCAUAAUUAGUGUGAUCAAUGUCAUUUAAAGUAUUUGAUUUCUGAAAUUAUUGUGUUCGCUCUUUGCACUUUAUCGACAUGCAUGUGUAUAGUUUGCAAAGCUGUGGAGCUGCUCCUUUUGAAACAAUAAGUGUUUUGAUUUCAAUCGUGAAUUAUUUUAUUUGCACAAUGCAUAGACAGCAAUGUUGUUUUGCAAUAUGAUCAUCAUGAUUAUCAUUAUCAACAUAUUUGUUGAUUUAGUUCUGUUUGUUGACCUUUUGUGUUGUGAGGUCAGGUUGAAAGUUUUAGUGUUCUUGGCAGAGGCGUUUCCUUUGAGUCAGAUUCUGCUUUGGUUGUCUUUGCAUGCGUCUUUUGGUUGAGUUGCAUUUCAAACAAACCUGUUGCCAAUUCUUUCUUGUGUCUUCUCUGUCCUAUCAGUAAGUGAACAUCUCAUCCAAAGUGCAAAGUACAUCAUUAUUUUCAUUUACAUUUUUUUUUUUUAAACAAAAAAAUAUUAAGCUUAUUGAAAGAGCUUCCUUGUUUUCAAUGUGAAGGAUGGAUUUCCUCGUAAUGAGCCAUGCCCUGUGAUUUUGGCUUUACUUCAUUUAGAUGCAGUUCAUCUGAUAUUUCUGAGCAUGACUUUACGUUUACGUUUUAUAAUUUGCCGUAGACCUGAUGUCAGUCAAAUACAAAGAGGUGUAUAAGUAACCCGUAACCCCUUCGAACAGCAGAACACACCGCACCGCCAUGAAGAACAGUGAGCAAGUGUAGAUCUUGUGACUCGGGGUGUGGAUUUUGUCCUCUUGUGUUUUACCUGUUCUGGAGAGGGUUUUGUAAGUACAAUGCAAUGCAAUGCAGUACUCAGGCGCAUUUCUGCACACUGAGACCUUUGGCAGCUGCGUCACCAGUGAAAUAAAAUCCUGCCCAUGGAA